GCACAUCCGAGUUAUGUCCCGCGCGAGACAGGCGCCUGAUUAAAAAUGCAGCUCUUCACAACGAGAUGAAAUCGGCAGAGGCGUCUCUCGCGCACGCUACGUUCAGUGUUGUUGUGGCGCUUGAGCGGGCAGGUCUUGCAGUGCGAUGGCGCGCCGGCCGCUCAACAACUUGCGCCGGUAGUGACUUCAUCAAAUGAAAAUUUAAUUUAUACUGAAUUAGUGCUGAAGACUCGCCGCAGCGGAACGAAGUGGGAAGAAUACAUGAGUUCAUAGUGAAUCUCAGAACACUGCUAAGGUAGCUGUUACACACAAUGAGCGAAGAGGACGCACAAGCGACUACUGGCGCAAUACACGGUUGGGGCUUCACUCCUACCGGUGAUCCGCCCCCAGCUUCAGUCGGCACAAAUGACCCCCCAAAAUCACAAUGUCUGCCAGAAGCAAUAACCAGGGGCUGGAAAAGAACUACACUAUACGGCAUUUUAGUUAUAUUAAUGAUAAUUAUAUUUCUAAAUAUAGCACUAACAUUAUGGAUAAUUAGUGCAUUAAGGUUAAGUAUGAAAGGUAUAGGUCCUAUAAAGAUAACAAAAGAUGGGAUACAACUAGAUGGCCAAGCGUGGAUAGUAGACAAGUUGGUGGCGUCAACAAUAACAUCGCCAAUCGCUCAGCCUAUCACUCUGCACUCAUUCCGGAAUUUUACCGUCCUCGUCUCGGAUCCUAAUCAUAUUGAAUUAGCAAAGAUGUUUAUAAAGAGAGAUAGUAUAGAAUACAGUGGGAAAAAAUUUGAAGUGUACGACUCUAAAGGCGGGAAGGUAUUUCAUGCUUCGCGUGACGAAGUACGUGUAUUCGCAGAGACUUUCGCAGUCGAUGGUGAAGCAGGCCUCACCGUGAAUAGCGCAAUACAAGCACCGCUAGUUCGUGCGCCGCCGAGCUCCAAGCUGCAGUUGGAAUCGCUAACUAGAAGAUUAGAUUUACGGGCACCGCAAUCCAUCUACCUGGAGAGCAGAGCUGGUGGCAUAGAUAUUACUUCGCAUAGUGACAUUCACCUAGAUUCAAUUGUCGGUGCAAUACGAAUCGACGCUCCAAACAUCGUAAUAGAUAACCUAAAAAUAGCAAACACAACUACCAAUACUCAGAAAUAUAACCGGGCAAACAAAGUGUAUCAACUGUGCGCCUGCGCAUCGGGGAAGUUGUUCCUCGCUGCGCCUGAUGCUCUUUGCGGAAUACCUGAGAACGAUACGGAACUAUGUCGAUGAUGAACAUCUGAUAUAUUUACUAUAUAAAAUAAAACAAAUAUAUAUACAAAUAUUUCAAGUGGCUUCGACAGCCUUGAAAUGACUAUUCGAUUGGGAGUUGAAAUAUGAUAGAAGGUCAUAAAAUGAUUAAGUACAUUCCCAACCAAGAAAACGGCGGAUUAUUCCAGAAAUAACUUGUUAUGGCAGCACCAACCUUGAUAGCUUCAAAUAGUUUUUAUUUGUACUUAGACAUAAUUAACCGGAUACCAGUUUUUGCAUUUAUCAAUCAAUAGACCUGUACAAAAUACCACAAUUCAAAAUAAACAACGAGAAGGUUAAAAAUUAGAAGAUUUAAUGAAGCAAUAUAUUAAUAUUAUUGAAAACACGAUUUUAUUAAGUAAGUUAAAAACUAAUAUAGCAAAUUAUAUAGUGAUAAAAUUAUAAUAUUUAUACAUACAAUAAAAAUACAUAUAUC